AUGUCGUCAAUCCUCUCGAGGGCGGGACCCGGGCUCAUUGUUGUGCCAAGAAUCUUGGAAGACUACGGGAAGUUGAAGGAGAAAUCCUGCUCCUUGGUUUUCCUUUCUCAACUUUCCCAGGAAAGUCUGGUGAAACGAGCAGGUACUCCACGCUCCGAUCGAGUAUGGAGCGCAUGCAUAGAUCUGGCCGGCAUGACCUAUCGCUAA